UUUGCUGACUGCCAUUCGCUUCUUCCCUUGUUCUCAAGUAUGUCCCGGCGGAUGGCGCUGCGGCUUCCCAGAAGCCUUCGUAGAGCAGCUGUGCUGGCGAUCCUGGUGGUGCUGAGCUCCCCGGCGGCAGAGGGCCACGACUCCCCACAGGAUUUCGUGUUCCAGUUCAAGGGCUUGUGUUACUUCACCAACGGGACGCAGCGGGUGCGGUCCGUGAACAGAUACAUCUACAACCGGGAGGAGUUCGUGCGCUUCGACAGCGACGUGGACGAGUACCUGGCGGUGACCGAGCUGGGCCGGCCGGACGCCAAGAACUGGAACAGCCAGCCGGACAUCCUGGAGCGGACGCGCGCCGAGAUAGACACGGUCUGCAGACACAACUACGAGAUUGAGCUGGGCAGCACCUUACAGCGGCGAGAGAAGCCUAUGGUGACCAUCUCCCCUUCCGAGACAGAGGUUCUGGACCACCACAACAUGCUGGUCUGCUCAGUGACAGAUUUCUACCCCAGCCAGAUCAAAGUCCGCUGGUUUCGGAAUGACCAGGAGGAGACAGCUGGGAUUGUGUCUACCCCCCUUAUUAGGAAUGGGGACUGGACCUUCCAGAUUCUGGUGAUGCUGGAAAUGACUCCCCAGCGAGGAGAUGUCUACACCUGCCAAGUGGAGCACCCCAGCGUCGAGAGCCCCAUCACGGUGGAGUGGCGGGUGCAGUCUGAAUCUGCCCAGAGCAAGAUGCUGAGUGGUGUUGGCGGCUUCGUGCUGGGGCUGAUCUUCCUCGGGCUGGGCCUUUUCAUCCGUCAAAGGAGUCAGAAAGGGACCCGUGGGCCUCCACCAGCAGGGCUCCUGCGCUGACUCCUGUGGACAUUUUAACAGAUUAGUUAUUGCUUCUGUAAAGCCCGACUUCCUGUCCUAGCUCAGAACUCCCAGCUGCCUGAGUCAGCCUGCCUUCCUCUGAGAUCAGAGUCCCACAGUGACUCUGUUGCAGCUGCCAUCUCACCUCCUGUGACCCCACUCCAAGGAUUUGGCUGUGACUCGGCUUCCUGAACUGUCCCCAGAGCCUCUGCCUGUGUCUGUGUGCUGCCAGCUGUGUCUCCUCAACGGGGUUUCUGUUUCCACAUCCUGCCCCUACAAGUUGCUCAAGAAGAGCACAUCAAAACCACUUACCUGAAAUUAGAGCUUUUUUCAUAAUUAAACACGAUUAUGUGUUGUUUGUAUCCAAAUCCUCUUUAAUUGGGUGGAGGCAGGAAACUGCUACAGGGUGAAGCAGAAGAUGUUUGAGGUGACCAAGCCAAUGUGUGACCAGAAGGGGUGCUGUUCAUUGAAAGGAGACGAGAAGAUCAUGGGGGUGCCAUGAAAGGGUGGGCAGAAGAGAGACCCAUUCAAUUGUCACACCUUUGAUGGGUCUUAAUAUGAUGUUUGAUGCAACAGCUUUAGGAUAUCCUAGGCUCUCUUUCAGUCUGGAGCUUUGUGUAUUCUAAGCAUGGGGGAAUUAUUGGUGGUAUACAUAGCAGUCCCUGGUGUCACAGAGAAACAAACUGUUCCAAGUGUAUCCUGGCAAGUUACACUGAGACCAAUUUUCGUUUUUGAGAAAGUAGAAUCAGCAAUAAAAAAUUCUAUAUUAUUGGUUCCAAAUGAUUGAAGCUCAACUCACACUUACUUUUUUUUCCCCAUGUAACAUGAAGUCCUGGGUUAAACUGUUUUCAGAAGUGAAUAGAUUGAGAGAUUCAAUGAGGUCUUCAUCUCUCUUUGUGUACACCCUUUUCUUUUUUGCUAUGCCUCGUUUUGUCCCUCUGUAUUUCUUUCAGUGUAUUGCUCUGCAUAUUUUAUGUCUGUCUUUGCAUCUCCGUGUGUCUCCUGCUUUCACUGCUUUGCUGCCCCUUUGUGUGGCCCUAUUUAUAGCUGUACCUUUGUCACUGUUUAUCUAUAGCACUCUGUUUCCUUUUGCAAAUCCAGUUUUUGCAUUUAUCUUUCUCAUCACCUCAUAUCUCACCUCAGUUUCUGCGUUUUUGUCUGUCUUUGGUCUGUGUUUCUAUUGUGUCUACUGGGGUUUUAAGAUAGUGUGGUAGAUUGUGAUUGGCCAAGAAUGGGUCAUAUGAACAACUUUUAAAAACAUCCUGGGGCUGGUGCUGUGGUGUAGCAGGUAAAACCAUGGCUUGCAGUGCUGGCAUCCCAUAUGGGCGCCGGUUUGAGUCCUGGCUCCUCCACUUCCAAUCCAGCUCUCUGCUAAGA